AUGCUCCGUAUGUUAAUUUUCAGUCAAUGCAAAAAAGCUGUUGUCGCAGCAAACACACAGAUUACGUUUCUGUCUUCCAAGUAUGAUAAUACAGUAGCGUUGUCAAAGUACGAAGAAGUUCGAAAAUCCCUUGAAACAGCAAAUUCUGAAAAUGAAAAACUCAAGGAAGAUUUGGAAAGCGCCCACAUGAGAUACAAGAGUGAGGCAAGUCAGAAGGUGGAAUAUGUAAUGGCGCUGAUUUCGAAAUACCGAAGAUUAGGCGACAAGCCAAUCGAGGAGCUCACUCGCAUCGUAGAAGAGGAGAUGCAGAGGGCGGAGAGUGGAGGUCUGCCCACAAUCGCCCGUCCCAGCUCUUCCAAGUCCAAAGCAAAGAGCUCGAUGAUGGAAAAGUAG